GAAAUGAAAGUAAUGUUUGUGUCUGGACUUUGUUUUUGGAUGACUGUGGGUCAGAGCAGGAUGUGUGAGGGCAGUUCAGGGUCAGAUGCUGAAAUACUGCGCCCCACAGGAACAUCACAAACUUCCCUUCUUGGCGCAUCUCAGGAUCAGACACCUGCAUCCCAAGAGGACAUCACAAAUUGCUCCUUUCCGGGACAGCUCAGGGUUGGAUACUGAACAUCCUGCCCCACAGUGACAUCUCAAACUGGUCCCACUCUGAGAUAAUCAUUGCUGGAGGGACAGCAACCAGGACAUAGGAACAAGAUGAGGCCAUUCAGUCCCACAAGUCUGCUCCCCCAUUCAAUUAGAUCAUAGUUGAUCUGCACCUCAACUUCAUUUUCCCAUCUUCGAUCCAUUUUCUUUGAGAUCUUUAUUUAACAAGAAUCUAUCGAUUCCCAAUUGAAAAUUUCAAUUUAUCCCCAGCCUUUUUGCGGAGAUUUUUCCAGAUUUGCAUCACCUUUUAUGUGAACAAGUUGUUUCUGAUUUCACUACACGGGUUAUGUAUCAAACAAUGACUCAAUGUCGAACACAGACACCAUGGACACAAAUCCAGUUAACCUGUGAGAAUACAUGCAGCUGGACAGGGGUUACUGAACUGAAUUCUGACCACAGAAAAUUGACUCGAGCAAAACCAGGCUGAACAUGAAGAUAAGGCAGAAACACAAGCAGAUGUGAUAGUUGACAAUUAACCAUAAAUCAAACUGAAUUAGAAUGAACAUUGGAGGAGCUUGAUUAGAUUCAUAAUGCAGAAUCAGUCAUUAACAGACAAUUUCUUUAUGGAUAAUGGAAAAUACUGGACAAAGGAAUGAUUUCAUUCUGAGACGAUGAGGAGAGGCUUGGUAGAGGAUAGCUAGGUUUCUUCAGCUACUGUAGUUCAUCACUCUCACAAGGAAGGAGGCGGUUAGAUUAUAAGAUUAGAAGAGGAGGAUUUACAGUUCAGAAACUCAAACUAAACAUCACAUUCGGAUCUGAAUGAGUUGCCCAAUUCAUCAGGACCUGAAUAUUAUCAGCCUUUGAACAUGGAACCAAAAAGCACCAUUCACCCUGGGGAAAAACCAUGGAAAUGUGGGGACUAUGAGAAUGGAUUCAAUUACUCAUCUCAGCUGGAAAUUCACCAGCGAAUUCACACUGAGGAGAGGCCAUUCACCUGCUCUGAGUGUGGGAAGGGAUUCACAAAGUCAAACUACCUGCUAAAACACCAGCGAGUUCACACUGGGAAGAGGCCGUUCACCUGCUCUGAGUGUGGGAAAGGAUUCAUUAAUUCAUCUGAUCUGCUGACACACCGAAGAGUUCACACUGGGGAGAGGCCAUUCAUCUGCCCCAAGUGUGGGAAGGGAUUUGCUCAGUCAUCCACCCUACUUAUACACCAGCGAGGUCACACUGGGGAGAGACCAUUCACCUGCUCUGUGUGUGGGAAGGGAUUCACUUGUUCAUCAAACCUGAUGAGACACCAGCAAAUUCACACCGACAAGAAACCUUUUAAAUGCACAGACUGUGAAAAGUGCUAUAAAAGGAUUGAGGAACUGAUGUCCCAUCAACGUUUUCACACUGACGAGAGACCGUUCAGGUGCUCUCACUGUGGGGCUGGGUUCAGGCAAACAUGUGAACUUACUGUACAUCAGCGAAUUCACACUGGGGAGAGACCGUUCCUCUGCUCCGAGUGUGGGAAGGGAUUCACUCAGUCAUCCAACCUGCUGAGGCAUCAGCGAGUUCACACUGAUGAGAGACCUUUUAAAUGCCCAGACUGCGGAAAGUGCUAUAAAAGUUCUGGGGAACUGAUGCGCCAUCAACGUGUUCACACUGACGUGAGACCAUUCAGAUGCUCUCAAUGUGGCACUGGGUUCAGGCAAUCAUCUCAGCUCACUAUACACCAGCAAGUUCACACUGGAGCGAGACCAUUCAUCUGUUCCGUGUGUGGAAAGGGAUUCAGUCAGUCAUCCCACCUGCAGAAACACCAGCGAGUUCACAGUGCGGAGAGACCAUUUAUCUGCUUCGUGUGUGGAAAGAGAUUCAUCCGGUCAUCCACCCUGAUGAGUCACCAGCGAGUUCACAAACAAUUACAGUGACUGGAUUUUGCUGUUAAUCACGUCCAGAACUGAACCAUGUUCAUUGCUGUAUAUUUUUACUGAUGUUAAUAAACUCCUACCUAGUUAUCAUGGUUAGUU